UGGUGACCGGGGAGCAAGCAAAUCUCUAAAGAUGGUGAAAGAUUUGUAGUGACGAGUUGAGAAAACACUCCUGCUUCUCUCUAGGAAAGUUUCGCACCCUCAAAAGUUCGAACUUCCUUAGAUAGCUCGUCACUCCCGAUUGCUCUCCCAGACAUUCCAACGAAUUAAUCCCUGUAUAACCGUGUUCCUCUUGCUCGUAAAUCAUUUGUCUUGCAUAUCUACCGAUUGGAUUUGUAAGAAAGUGAUUGCUGAGAGAGAAUCGACCCAUUUUGGAAACCCCAGUUUCGCAGAUUGUACUGUUCAUCCCCGAUUUAGAAACUCCACUUAGAUCCCAUUGUAGACGGUUGUUUGUGGAAGAAGACGGUUCCCUGGGGGUCGCCGACCUCUGGCGAACCUCUAGCAACUGGUUUCAGGCCACCACAACGCCGCCGUACUGAAGGAAGAAAGGAUCCGUUGCGGACGGCUACUGUUCACCACAGAGCGUUGACCUCAAAUUUCUCUAAAGCCUAUCGUCCAAAUUGAAUUCUAAAGACGGUUUUGGAAGCAUCUAACCUAGGCGAAGCCAGUAGUACCGGUUUUAUCAGGUGGAAGUAAGAUUUCUAUUUCUCCCCAAAUUCUUGGGUACUGUAGCACUACGCAGGUUACUUCCUUACUUGAUUUUUUUCUGAACUCACUGCAUAUUGUGUUUAGUUUGUUGUUUGUUCCUCUGCUUCGUUAUCACUUGGCGAGUAAUUUGGAAUUUUUUCAGAUUUUUCUGGGAAGUUCGAAUUUACUUGAGUACUGUUCAUCUUCCCUUUCCUAUCUCACUGCCUGCUACAGUAAUUCCUGCGAACCUUUGACUAGUUAGGAAUUUUUUCUGGAUUCAAUACUUGUCCACUGGGGUAAAGGUUUAUACUGGUGUGUUCCUAACUUCAAGGGGGUUGUGUGAAAGUAUUUUCAAAUUUUUUGGAAAUAGUUUGGGUUGGUGAACACUGCCUUGAAUACUACUGCUUGCUUUUUCUGUAUGUUUGUGUUUUUCUUACUAACUUUUCAGGCACACUUAAGCUCUGUACUGGGGUUAGGUUAUGCAAACCUAUCCGAUGACAAAGAAAAACAAGAAGAAUCGUACUCCUCCUCCGAAGGAUAAUUCUUUUGACGCAAAGAUCAAGAUGCUUAAUGACAAGAAGAAGGAGCUCGAAGACAAAAAGAAAAGUGGAGAUCAAGUUCUUGCUCCUUAUAUUCCCAAAAUUGCUCCAAGUCUUACUAUUAAUCCUACACAUUCAACUGUGGAAUCUUCGAAAGAAAUUACUUUUGAGAAGCAAUCUGCUUCAUCAACUGGAGUCUCUCCAAUUACGAAUGCAAAUCACAAGAAAGAUGACUUGAUAGAGGACGAGUCCGAGACCCUUGGAUCCAUCGAUACUUACUCAGAAGCUAGCCUCGAUGCCACAUCCAAGGAUGAGAAAAAUGAAAAAAAGGGGUGGGCCAAUUUAUUUCAAAACAAUCGUUCUCUAUCCCAUGGCAUGAAGCUUGAAUUUAUCCCACCUAAGGGAGAUAUUGUGGAUUUCUCAAACCGAAAGGUGCCCUCCAUUAUUGAUAUAUGGGGAUAUUGCUUGGUGGGGAUCUUCACCGGGAGAUUUCCCGGUAUCAAAGCGGUGAUUGAUCUUGUUAAUACAUGGGGUGUUCAAUGCAAACUGAAAAAACAUGAUAAAGGAUGGACCAUAUUCCAAUUCAAAAAUGAAGAGGACCGUACCAAGGUCAUAUCCGGAGGGCCAUAUUCAUCCUAUGGUAAGGCCUUAUUUCUAAAGGUCUUAUCCGACGACUUUGAAGUUGAUGAUGAGGAAUUUCUUAAAGUCCCUAUUUGGAUCAAGCUACCCGGUCUCUCGGUCACACUAUGGAACAAAGAAGAGAUUAGUGAACUUACUUCACGGGUGGGGGUGCCUAUUGUUGCGGAUCAAGUCACUCUUACUAAAAUGAGACCUAAUUUUGCUAGAGUGCUUGUGGAGGUGGACUUAUCUAAACCGCCGAUCCUUGAAAUCCCUAUGAUUCAACCAUCCGGGAAGAAGAGAAUACAAUAUGUGUAUUAUGAAACAUAUCCUAAUUAUUGCUAUGAAUGCAAAAAAUAUGGGCAUGAUCCUUUCAAGUGUAUGAUAUUGCAUCCGGAACUUAGUGAAAAAGUGCAAGAAGAGGCGACUACUACCAAAAGCAUUACAUUGAAGCAAAUUCAGCCUAAUGUGGUUACUAAUGGUCAAACCGAGGAGACCUCUUUCCAAUUGGUGGUACCAAGGAAGAAUAAAAACCAAUCCUCAACAAAAAAGAACCCGAAUGCCACCAAAGUGGCCCCUAAGGUGGCUGGUUCUACAGUUCCCAGUGGGCCGAAUUUAAAUCUUGGAAAGAAAUUUGUUUGGAGAGGAAGAAAGAUCAAAAGUGUGCACCAAUUGCUCUCGGAUGACAUUAUAGUUGAUUUUGAUACCGAGGAGGAUGGUGCGACGGUUGUUUUUGUUAAAAAACAACAACAAAUCAAAGGGCAAACCCCGGUGGCAAGACUUGACAUUCAUACGCUUAAGGAAGCUCAAAAGGAUUCACCGGCAAUCUCUAUCACGGACCCUUGCUUGGUGGGCCUCCCGGGUGUAAAGCGUGCCAAAAAAUGGUAUAAUUUUAAUAAAGAAAUUUUUAUUCCUAACAUUGCAUCUUUCUUUGAUCUUGAAGCUAGGCAUAAUGUUGAGUUCGCACGUGCAAGAGAACAAGCAAUGGAAGUUGAGGAAAGGAUUAAAGUGGAAAGGCGUUCCAAGGCCAAAGCCGCGGCUCAAUUGCAUGACCCGAUAUAUGUGAGGAAGAAACCAUACAAGGAUUGGGGGGAACGUCUAGUCAAUAAUGUUUAUGAACUAGAUGAGGAAGAUGUGAUUACGUGCAUGGAGUUUGAUACGGAUGGGCAUAGAAUUGUAUAUGCAGGGAAGAGGGAACUUCUCCCUUUUAGUAUGCCUAUAUAUCGAGUGGGUCCUGACUUCAAAAGGGCAAAUUUUGAGGAUCCCGGCAUGAGCUUCACUCUUGAGUGCAUCCGCGAACUGCCUGGAGUCAGCCGCGAGGGAGCAUGGUUUAAUUUUGACACUUCUAUUUUUAUUCCUAAGGUUGUUGCCUUUUUUGAUGAUAACAGUAUAGAGAAUGUGGAAGCCCGAAGGGCAAUGAAGGAAGCGCAAAUAAAAGGAAAAGCGAAAGAGAAUGGGGAUGAUUCGGAGGAAGACCGCACCUCCAACCCGGAUGAUUUGGAUGAUUAAGGUUGCUUCGUGGAAUGUAAGAGGUUUGAAAAAACCUUCUAAACACUCUACUUUAUCGAAUUUUAUUAAGGUAAAUAAUGUAUGCUUAUGCGGUUUUUUAGAAACAAAAAUGACAAAAAAUAAUAUUUCUAAUUAUAUUUCUAAUAAAUGGCCGGGUUGGCAAUUUCAAACUAACCACGACUUUAUUGAUGGGGGUCGUAUACUAGUUUUUUGGAACCCCAACUUGAUUAUAUGUACUAUGAUUGAAAUGGGAGAACAAUACAUACACUUUAAAUGCCAAUGCCGAACAUCACAAACUGUGUUUUAUGCUACGUUUGUUUACUCGCUAUAUACAGUUUUAAGGCGUAGGGCAUUAUGGGAGCAUCUCACGUCGCUUGGUGACCUAAUUAGGGACCCUUGGUUGAUCGCUGGAGAUUUCAACUGUGUAUGCUCUCCUAAUGAGAGGUUGGGUUCUUCCACUCCAUCGGGGUAUGUUUUAAAGGACUUAUUGGAUUUUAAAAUUCGGGCCAAUCUUCAAGAUGCCCCUUCAACUGGGGAAUUUUUUACGUGGAAUAAAGGUAACAUUUGGGCAAAAUUAGACCGGGUAUCACUUAAUGAGUCAUGGGCUCAUUUAGGGAUAGAAUGUAAGGCCCAUUUCGCGGAAAUGGAGGUCGAGUUUGACCACACGGCUUCCGUGGUGUCUAUACUCUAUAAUUCCUCUUCUAGGCCGAAAGCAUUUAAAUUUUUUAACAUGUGGUUGCAACAUUUGGAUUUCACUAACAUACUUAUGCAGAAUUGGAAUGUGGACAUUAAUGGCUCGGCCCAAUUUCAAAUUGCUAGGAAACUUAAGUUGCUAAAACAGCCCCUUAAGAAUCUUAAUAAUUUGGAAUUUGGUCACAUAUCUACGAAAGCUAAACAUGCGAAAGAGGAAUUCAAAAUGUUGCAUAGAUUAUGGCUAAACUCACCCAAUGAUGCCGAACUGGAAGACCAAGUCAAAGGGGCGAGGAAGAGAGCUACUUUUCUUUGUGAGGCCGAAUGUUGUUUCUUCCAACAACGAGCUAAGGCCACGCAUAUUCUUGAGGCAGAUAAGGGUACAAGAUACUUCCACGCAAUCGUCAACAGAAACAAGGCCAGAAAUACCAUUACCUCCAUUACUUUGGAUGAUGGUAGUCUUACCUCUUCUAUUGAUCAUGUUGGGAACGAAUUUGUAAAAUUUUUUGUUGAUCUUUUUGGAACCGAGAUGGAAACCUUUUCCUUUGACCAUACGGUACUAGGAACCGGCCCGUUGAUUGAACCAAGUGUUCAUGAAUGCCUAUUAUCCCCAAUAACGAACAAAGAAAUUAAAGAUGCUUUGUUUGAUAUUGGAGAUAACAAGGCACCAGGGCCGGAUGGUUAUUCCUCGGCGUUUUUUAAAAAGAAUUGGAAUAUUGUGGGGGGGGAUGUGACUCGGGCGACCAAAGAGUUUUUUAACUCGGGAAAGAUGCUUAAACAGUUGAAUCAUACUGUCAUAGCUCUAAUUCCUAAAACUAGUCACUCCCCUAAGGUCUCUGACUACAGACCUAUAUCCUGUACGAAUGUGCUUUACAAAAUUAUCACGAAGAUUAUUGCGGCAAGAAUUAUCCCUACCCUCUCGGGUUUGAUUAAUAAAGCGCAAGGUGCGUUUGUCGACGGCCGCCUAAUGUUUGAUAACAUUUUCCUAGCCCAGGAACUUGUUAGAGGAUACAAUAGGAAGCGAAUUUCACCUCGUUGCAUGAUCAAGGUGGAUUUGCGGAAGGCCUAUGACACCAUCUCUUGGGAUUUCCUUGCCAAUGUCCUUACGGGUUUGGGCUACCCCGGAAUUUUUGUGGGAUGGAUUAUGGAGUGUGUCACUACGGCCUCCUUUUCUGUGUCGUUAAAUGGGUCUUUGCAUGGUUUUUUUAAGGGGAAGCGUGGCAUUAGGCAAGGGGAUCCAAUGUCCCCUUUGCUUUUCGUGUUAUGCCUUGAGUAUUUUUCUCGUCUUCUUGCCAUAAAAACUAAGACGUCGGGAUUUAAUUACCACCCGCUUUGUGGAUCCUUGGGUAUAACCCAUUUGGCCUAUGCGGAUGAUCUUAUGCUCUUUUCUAGAGGAGACAAAUAUUCCAUUGGGAUAUUAGUUGAUGCCCUAAAAGAGUUUGGGGACGUAUCGGGCCUAAGGGUUAAUCAUAACAAGUCAAACAUUUUCAUUGGAGGAGUUCAUAGUUUUGAUGUGCAAGGUAUAUUAGAUCUUGUUGACUUUGACCAGGGUAUUUUCCCUGUGAGAUACCUUGGGGUCCCACUUGCGCCCCUCAAAAUCUCGGUGGCACAGUAUGCCCCACUCUUGGAUACGGUUAAUGAUUUUUUGAAUGCAUGGAAUACCAAGACAAUUUCCUAUGCGGGUAAACUUGAGCUAAUUCGUUCUGUAAUUCAAGGAGUUCAGUCGUUUUGGCUUCAAGUGUUCCCGGUACCUCAAACAAUCUUAAAUAGGAUUGUCUCGAUUUGUCGUAUUUUCCUAUGGGGUGGUAAAUUUGCAAAGGUGGCUUGGGAUGACAUUUGCCUCCCUAGAGAGGAAGGGGGCUUGGGUGUCCAUAAUGCUAAGAUAUGGAACCAUGCUCUCCUAUCUAGAACCCUUUGGGAUGUCCACCAAAAAAAGGACACGCUCUGGGUACGUUGGGUGAAUGGAGUCUAUCUCAAAGGUAGAAAUGUGUGGGACUUUGUCCCACACACUCGGGACUCCCAACUAAUGAAGCGAUUAAGUCUUAUACGGAAUAAAAUAUGUGAAUGUUUUAAUAAUCGAAACGAUAUGUUGCUCGGCCUUAAUGCACGAUCCAUGCAUGGAAAAUUAGCCUCCGCAAAAAUUUAUGAUUUACUAAGAGUAAGGGGUAAUGUUAGAACUCCUAUGUGUUUCAUAUGGAAGUCUUACAUUCCUCCCAAACUAUCUUUUAAUGUAUGGAUGGCAUUAAGGAACCGGCUUCCUACACAGGAUAGCCUUGGGUAUUUGCACAUUGUGAAUAGGUGUGACCUUUGCAAGGGUGGUUUGGAAACAAUACCACACCUUUUUUUCCUUUGCCCCUUCACAUGUAGGGUGUGGCAGCGCAUAAGAGAUUGGAUGGGAUUGCGGCAUGAGAUGACUACGCUGCUAAGCGCUAUCAAAUGGAUCACAAAGACUCACAAAGGCUCGAGGAUGAAGGCAAAGGCAGUCCGCCUAGCUUUCUGCGCCUCGGUCUACUACAUUUGGAAUGCUAGGAACUCCUGUAGAUUUGAUGGAAGCAUAAAAAUGGAAGAAGAGGUCAUUGCAAAGAUAAAACAUGUGGUAUACAAAAUAAUGUAUUCUAUAUAUCCACAUGAUCUUAUCAAAUUUUGAAGGAAGACACGGCCAGGAGGCAAAGCUAUAAGCAGAGUUCGUGACAAGUAUAUUUUGAUGAAGUGAGCAUGGACAUGAAUUAUGCCGCGGCAUUAAUAGCACCUUUGGGCAGGAAUUAGGCUGCGGCAUUUAUAGAACCUCUGGGAACUAAUUAUGCUGCGGCCUCAACUGAACUUCUGAUUUUUGGGGAUGUUUGCCUAUUGCAACAUCUUGUAUGCAUCUGUUUUAUUAGCCUUUGAUCCGUGAGCGUGCUUCUGCAGCUCUGAUGUAGUUUUGUACUUUUUGAUUGACCAAGUACUAUACUUGGUUUUUUGGACAAGGAUUAGAUCAAAUAAAAACCUCCUUUCACCCCCACUUUAUGUGGGGGUGGGGGAGGUUUUAGGAGAUCUAGGACAUGUGUUGUAUAGUUCCGUUUUGGGUGUUAAUAUAUAUUUACAUUUCAUCCAAAAAAAAAAAAAAA